UCAACUGACGCAAAGACACGCGAGGCAGACGUCGUUGUCGUGGGUGCUGGUGUAGCCGGUGUCUGCGCCAGUAUCGCAGCGGCAGAAAAAGGUGCCUCAGUAAUUCUCAUCGAUGCCAGUCAUGGUGGUGGAGCCUCAGCCCUAUCAGGCGGUGUUGUCUAUGCAGGUGGAGGGACUGUGCAGCAAAAAGCAGCAGGUUACGGGCACGACACGCCUGAGAACAUGUUUACCUAUCUGAAAGAAGAGACGCAAGAUGCCGUUGACGAAGAGACAUUACGACGCUUCUGCAAAACAAGUGCCCAGAAUCUGCAGUGGCUGGAGAAGCACGGUGCUCGUUUUGAGGCCUCGCUUUGCCCGUACAAGACGACUUAUCCAACUGACAGACACUAUCUUUAUUUCUCCGGCAGCGAAGAGGCGUAUCCGUACAACAAGAUUGCAGAUCCCGCACCUCGGGGACACAGAAUGGUUCACCCUGGGUUGUCUGGAUCCGAAUUAUGGCGUGUUUUAUUCAAAUCAGCCGUGGGUCUAGGGGUAGACUUCAUGCCCGUGAGCAAGGUAACCCGUUUCCUACGUGACAAGAACCAAAGAAUCAACGGAGUCGAAACCAAAACGCUCCCAAAAUCCAGCCCCAGCUUCACUCGUCACAAAAGUCUAUCCAAAAAAGAAAAACAAUAUCAAAUGUCCCUCCGCCCUGUGUCGAAAUGGUACCACAACCGCGCCCUCAACCUCUGGAACCGCGAUGCCCACCUCCAAACCCUCCACGCCCCAUCCAUUAUCCUCGCCGCAGGCGGCUUCUCCUUCAACCCCCAUAUGCGCCAAACCCACAUGCCGGAAUACUCCAACGUCGCACCGCUCGGCACCUGGCGCGACGACGGCUCCGGCAUCGCGCUCGGCACCUCCGCAGGAGCCUCCGUCGCAAAGCUCGACCGCAUGUCCGCCUGGCGCUUCAUCUACCCACCCACCGCCCUCCUCGAAGGCAUCGCCGUAUCGGCUUCCGGCCGCAGGAUGCUCGCCGAAGACGUCUACGGUGCUGCACUCGGCGGAAUCAUGAUUCAGCGGCAUGCUGGCCGGGGAUUUCUCAUCUUGGAUCGGACGCAGUGGAGGAAAGCAAGACAGCAGCUUUUCCAACAGACGUCUGGUCCGGUUUUGAUGCAGCGCUUUCACUGGAUGUAUUGGGGGUAUAAGAAAGCAGGGUCGCUGGCGGGAUUGGCGGCGAAGUUUGGGAUUGCAGCGAGGGGACUGGAGGAGACGGUUAGAGAGUAU